GGCUUCGGCACACACCAGAGAGCUUCGCGUGGCUUCCGAUGUUAUGAAAAGGAGUGCAGAGAAUUGCUUGUGAGUGAAGAGUGCCCAGCCUCACCCGGACCCUGUCCUCCCUUCUUCACUGGCGUCUCUGGGGGCCUUACCUCCAGGGCUAAGCUUGGAACGAGAGUGCAUGGAGCUGGGCCGCCGAGCAGGUAUGACCACUCUGACCAGGGCCCAUCUGAGCAACCAGCAGGACACGGACCCCAGGAGAACUGCCCACAGCCCCUUGGAUACGUCCCAGUUCGAGUGCCAGGCCCCGGCCUCCCCGCAGCCACCUCUGCACCCGCCGGGCAGCCCCCGGGGACAGGCCUGCCAGGAGGGGUGCUGGCCUCCAACCCCCUCAGCUGUCAGCAGGAGCCCCUCUGGGGUGGCCUCCCGGCCUGGGUCACUGAAGAACGGGGACUGCAGACCCUUCCCGAGGGAGAGCAGGGCCGCCCCCCACGAGGGGCCUCAGCCGUGCCAGGGGCUGAAGCAAGGCCCCGACUCGGGGGCCCAGAGCGAGAGGGGCAGUGUCAUUCCUGACAACAUUCGCCACAAGUUUGGGAGCGACAUGGUGGACCAGCUGGUCUCCGAGGAGCAGGCUCGAAAGGCCCUCGGCGAAGGCUGGGAGGGGCAGAAGAGGGCCAGCGUGUGGCCCAGCGAGGCCGAGAGCUCUGCGAAAAUCGCCUCCAUCUUCUCAGACUACUACGAUCUGGGCUAUAACAUGCGGUCAAACUUGUUUCAAGGGGCCCCGGAGGCGGUGAAGAGCCUCAUGAAGGACUCCUACACCCCGGAGGUGCUGGAGAAGUCGGUGCGGGACGCAGAGCACUGGCACGGCAGGAAGACGGACGACCUGGGACGGUGGCACCAGAAAAACGCGAUGAACAUGAACUUGCAGAAAGCACUGGAUGAGAAAUACGGAGAGAAGAGCAAGACCUCGAAGUACUAAAUCCGACCCAGAAGCGGCGCCCUGGACUCAGAGAGAGUGCUAACA